CUCACACACGCCCCCACCUUGAAUCUGAGCGAGAGAGGAGAGGAAAUAAAAAAAAAAAAAAAAAAGUCUGGUAAAAUUUUAAUUUUAAUCUGGAGCCCUAAAAGUUUAGACAGCUUGGACCUGUGUCGUCGUCAUCAUGGAUCCCAAUAACCCUCCAAAUCUCUUAAACCCUUCACCACCUCCACCACAGAAUCAGAAUCAGAAGACGAAAGAUAGCGAUGUGAAGGUUAUCAACACUGUGGAAGGAAAGAGGAAGUGGAAGCAGAAGGAGAAGGAGAAGGAAGGACAUAAGAUUCAGACUAAAUCGACGAAAGAUCGACACCUUAAAGUGGAAGGACGUGGUCGAAGAGUUAGGUUGUCUCCUCUCUGUGCUGCCAGGAUUUUUCAGUUAACCAGAGAGUUAGGUCACAAAUCCGACGGUGAGACUCUCCAGUGGCUUCUCCGCCACGCUGAGCCGUCGAUUAUCUCCGCCACCGGGACUGGAAUCAAACCCCCCACCGAUGGAGCCGUUUCUCAACCUCCUCUCGCCGUCGAUUUGAACCUAGACGGAGUUUCAAGGUCCCAACCUUCAUACGGGUUUGGUGUUGGAGAUAGUCCUUCUACCACGGGAGGAGGAAUUGAUUUGAACUAUGAUUUUGGGUUUCCUAGGUUUGAUUUCAAUGGCUCUUCUUCAGAGAUUGAUUUUGAGGAUAAUCAAAUACCUCAAGAUGGGAAUGUUGGGGUUUUGAAUCCGCAGAUUUAUCAGCAAAUGGGUCAAGACCAAGCUAAGGUACUUCACUAUCAUCAUCCACCGCAAGAGAACGGUGACAAAAAUGGGCCUUAAAGCUUGAAUCUUUACUUAGAAUUGCAUAUGUAGUUAGUGAGAUGUCUGAUAUUUAUGCUUUUGGUGGAAUCUCAAGGUUAGUAUAGCUUUAAGGGAAUGCAUUUUGUGGGAAAAAAAAUGUGCUUAUUUAAUAGCUUAGCUCUCUAAUCUAGUGCCUUUGAUGUAGUUAAUCACGUUAUAAUAUUGUGGUUACUAAGUAGAUUUGCUCUUUAAAGUGCACUGCAUUGAGGCUUCUCUGCAUAAUCAAGCACUUUGUUGCUUUUUUUUGUUUUGGACAAACUUCAAGCACUUUGUUGAUUGAAUUUGGUUGCACAAAAGGAAGUAGUAACCGGGUAUGUUUGGGACUAAAAUAAGUUUGGUUUAAGCUUCAUCUUGUUUGAAAGAGUUUGGCUAAGUUGUUUUGAGUCAUUGGAUUUCUUUGCUGAAUGAAAAGCAG